AUGUCUCACAACGAUGUUCCCGACCUCGGCAACGCCGGCGGCAAGCCCGGCGUCCCCAACAUCAGCGGCAUGGCCACGGCCCUGGUGCCCAUGGCGUCCACUCCGGCGCCUGCCCUCCCCGUCGACCUCGCGCCCGGUGGCUCAACCGUCCCAGCGGCCACGACCCAGGUGCCCAUGGCGUCCGCUCCGGUGCCCACCCUCCCCAUCGACCUCACGCCCGGUGGCUCGACCCUCCCAGCGGCCACGGCCCUGGUGCUCGUGGCGUCCGCUCCGGCGCCCAACCUCUUCGUCCAGCUAGCGCCCGGUGGGCCGGUCCUCCCAGCGGUGGUGCCCACCCUCCCUCUCUCCACCUCAGUGGUCGCGCCCGCGCCGCAGCGCCCUGGCCUCAACCUCUCGGCGCCCUUGAUGGACCAGAUCAAUAUCAUGUUGUACAUCAACUUCAAGCUCGAUGUCGCCACCAACAACUACUCCAAAUGGAGGCAGCUGAUGCACCGCGUACUCUCCAUGUACGAGGUCCUCGACCACGUCACCCACUGCUCCGCGCCGCUCACGCACAGCGCGACCUGGCGCCAUGAGCACCUGGCCAUCGUCCUGUGGUUCCACGCCAUGAUCUCUGACGAACUCUAUGACAUGGUCAUGUCCACCGACAUCAACGCCUACGAUGUGUGGCACCGGCUCCACACGUUCUUCAGGGACAACCUCCCCGACCGCGCCAUCUACCUCUCCACCGAGUUCCGCUCCAUCGUCCAGGGCGACCUCUCUGUCGGCGCGUACUGUCGGCGCCUCAAGGCGCUCGCCGAUGCCCUCGCCGACGUCGAAGAGCCGGUGACGGACCGCACCCUCAUGCCCCAACUCCUCCGCGGGCUUAACCGGCGUUUUCCGGUGAUGGCCACCGUGCUUAUGAUGCAGAUACCCUUCCCCUCAUUCCUGCGGGCCCGGUCUCAUCUUCUCCUCGAAGAGAUCGGCCUCGCCGAGCACGAACGCGAUGAGUCCUCCAUCGCGCUCAUCAUCCAGGGGGCGGGGGCCCGGCGACCGUGGGUCCUCCAGCUCCAACCCUCCACGCGGCCUCCAGGACGGUGCUCCGGAUCACGGCACCCCUACUGA